AUGAGUACACUGACAUUUUGUAGAUAUACAUAUUGUGGACAUUGGGAUACGUCAUCUAAACGUUCCUUUAGCAUUUCCAGAGGAGAAGAGAAAAUUGACACGAAGAAACCGGCUCUGCAUCGGUUACUUGAAAAACUAAAGAGGCCGUUUCUGCGUCGGCUAGUUGAAAAACUCAAGAAACCGCAGCCCAGAAUCGUACCCCAGGUAGAAGAAUACGAUUGGGAGAAAGAAGGAUUGUGCCCAGACUGCUGCGGAAAAUUGAAACCGGCAUUUGGUCAAGUGACGGCUAUGGUGCAGGCCACAGAGGCGGUAGAGUAUGAAAUGCAGGAACGAGAGGAUCAGGAGGCCGGUCAUAACAUAAAUGAGCCGGUCCCGGACACAGAUUCCAUGUCUGACAGUCAAGAGUCCUGGAUAACGCAAGAUGAAAUAAUCGCGAGACGAGUGUGGCGAUGCUCCAGGUGUAUCGCUAGAAAGCGAUAUCCUACGGAGGAAGAGAGAGUGGUGGCCGGACAGUGCUGCUGUAAUUACGGAAAACCCGAAUUCAUCGCAUUGAUAGAACAGGAAGCUACAGAUCAAGAUCGGGGUAUUAGAUCGAAAUGGUUGCAAAACCCCAAUAUGCACCUCCCUCGUAUUUCUCUAGGAUCGCACCUCCGUACUAUGGCCGAGCAACUACAAUCAUCAGAGCCCGCAAGGAUGCGGGCAGCGGAAUCAUUUCAACAGCAACCAGGUGCUCAGAUAUUGAGAUCCUUUACAGAAUGGUCCGACAUAAAGGAACACGAAGCGAAAACGAAACAUCCCCCCCAUCAAAAACUCGAGCGUAACGAAGAGAACUUUACUACUCGUUUUCCACAAAGCAGUCAAAAACAACCCAUGUCUCCAAUUCUCAGGGUUAACAAGGAGGGACAUACCUCUCGACUUCUUGGGCAUGGCCAUCUCAAGGAUGAAGCACAACGGAAGGAACCGCCCGGACGAACAAUGAUAGACCGCACAGAACCACUCUAUGAGGAACUCGGGAUUGAUAGAGCGAGGUGGGAGAAUUUCCCAAGGACGCCCCAUGGUAGCUAUCCAUAUCCUUCGCCCCCGCCUCCAGAUGACCCUCUUCCUAUUAUACCGCUAAGGCUGAGAUGUAAACGUGCCUCUCAAAAGUAG